AUGGAGACUUCGCCGCUCCGCCUUCACAAUUCUCCGCCGCUUGAAACCGCCAAUUCCCGGAUCUGCUCCAAAGACUCUUCAGGGUCCGAAGGAUUCUGGAGACCUUGGAUCCCCACCCCAAAAGAUGCCGAAAGACUACGUGUGCAAAACGUUGAGGUGAGUUUGCACAGUCCUGAUGGUACAGAAGACUCUGUAAAACUCGCACAAUAUACUCACCCAGUGAGGCUAUUCUGGCCCAAAUCCAAGUGUUUUGACUACAUGUAUCAUGAAGCUGAAGCACUUCUGAGGAACUUUCCUGUCCAAGCCACCAUUUUCUUUUACGACGAAUCAGAGAACGAGGAAGAUAGCGACGGCACAGACCAUGAAUCCGAAGCAGAAGUGGACAAUUAACUGCCCUGUUUCCAAAUGACCCUGUUUAUAUUCCUUUAUUUAAUAUUGACAUCAAAAUGCAAUCA